CGGCUAUUUUCGACGGGCAUCGACACUCGUUACAGUUCUCCAACCGCUCUACUCGCGACGACGUUUCCCUCGACGAAUGUUCCUCCGCUUCAUGGAACAAAGACACCGAUGCUGUUUACCCCGCGAGCAACAAGAAUCCGCCUCGGGUCCUCUCCGGUUCCGGUACAUACACCCCAAAGACACUGAUUCGUCCUGAAAUGCGAAUUCACUGGACUUUUGUGCGUGUAUGAGAGAUAAAUAAUCCGCGAAGUAAAGUGUUACGAUUUUAAAGUGGUUUCCUCGGGUAAGAAGAUUUUGAAGCAAGUGGACGAAGAAAAAAAAAAAAAAAGAAACAAGAUUACUCAUUGGUACACCUAAUAAAUUCCCAUGGCCCCGCUCCAAACGAUCUGAACGAACAACCAAAGACUUCUUCCUCUCCAUAUUACAAGAGCGUCUACAAUUAGGAUGUGAAGCAGAAGCAUUCAAUUGAUCACUUCUUCAGCGAUUGUAAUGGUCAGUCGGAAGAAACAUAUCGUUAGUGAUCGAUAGUAUAACCCAAGAAGAGACUGUCGAGAAUGUUCAGCUCGCUGAGACUGACCACCAUGCGCUCGCACAAGAACCGUGCUAGACCAGGAAGCGUGGCCACCUCAGCGAGUUCAGAUUCUGCCAGAGGCGAUGAGAUUUCUCCUCAGCCCUAUCACACGCACAGUUUUCUGCUACUGGACGACCAAGAUGGUCCCGUGUCCACUCCUUCUAGCGUCUCUUCGAAGGUUGCCCAGGUCAGAGUGGAACGUGAAGGAGGAAGCCUCGGCGUGACCCUCAGAGGAGGAGUUUCCAGGGCUUUGGUGGUCACUGGAGUGAAGUCUGACGGACCUGCCGCGAAAGAGGGAAGAGUCAGACCUGGAGACAGGCUAUUGGCUGUAGAUGAUACUGAACUGAGGGGUCUGACCUUGGCUGAGGCCCAGAGAGCGCUCAGGAGGAGUUCUGAUGCACCAGUGGCUUCUUUAACCAUCGAGUAUGAUGUUGCUAAUAUGGAGGAAGCUCGGGCAGCCACUUCCGGUCCGUUGCUGGUACAACUAGAACGCGGACUCUCAGGAGAGCUAGGUCUGACGGUCAGAGAGACCCCGAACGGUGUCUACAUUGAGAGUCUCCGACCAGCAAGCACCGCAGACCGUUGUGGCGCAUUGCAACCUGGGGACAAACUCCUAGCUGUCGAUGAAACACCUGUCCAGGACGCAGUAACUGCUGCCAAGCUGCUUAGAAACAACUUUGACUCUCGUAUAGCCAGGCUACAGAUCCUACCAAGGCCCCCAAGCGUCUCUCAGAGGACCGUGAAGAGAAGGGCGCAGCCACAGGCCCAGCAGACCUCCAGUCAGACUCUGCAGACCACAGAGAGCCUCACAGUGGUCCUCAGACCCGAUCACAAGGGAUUCGGCCUGGCUCUGAAACCUGCAGAGGACCGUCUGAACUACGUGGUAAAUUUGUUAGAAGCUGGAGGCCCUGCAGAGCGCAGUGGAGUCCUUUUGCCUGGGGACAAAGUGCUCGCAAUUAAUCGUAGGAUGCUGAGGGAUCUGCAGCCGGCCGAGGUGACGGGGAUUUUGGAAACUUCACAAAUGAUUGAACUAGUGACGGAGUAUAAGGUCGGUGGACCGGUUGUACCGAGCUCAGGAGUGUUCACAGUAAGGGUGGCGAGGCCUAUAGGCGGUCAGCCAGACGUAGGCCUAACAGUGAACGAGGACCUGAUCAUCACAGAGGUUCGUAAGGGAUCUCUAGCCUACAGAACCGGCAGCCUGGCUCCUGGAGAUAGGCUACUGGCCAUAGACGGGCAAAAAUUGGACCCUGGCGACCUCAGACAGGCUGCUCAACUGUUACAUCGACCUGGAAGCUCGGUUAUAGCGUUGACCGUGAGGAAACCAGAUCCUACCUCAGAAACUAGAGAAUACUGCAAGGAGUCCAGCAUAGGAAGCGACACGGUGCAACAGUAUACUCCAGGAAUUUUACGGCCAGCUAGGGAAAGCCUGCCAAGCGUGGAUAGCGCUGUGGAUUCUUGGGGUGAGCUUGGGGAAAACAGUGGAAUGGGUCCGGAGAUUCUGAGGCUUUGGGACACUGCUUCUGUGGACAGUGGUCAGCUGGAGCUGCCUAUGCCUCCUUAUCCUGGACCACAGGAGUGCAGCAACAACCCAGACAGACCCCAGCAAAUAGUUCACGUCUCCCUGCACAAGGAUCCGGUUUACGAGGACUUUGGAUUUUCAGUGUCUGAUGGCUUGUACGAGCGUGGAGUCUAUAUAAACCGUCUCAGACCUGGAGGACCAUGCGAUGGUGUUCUAAGACCUUAUGACAGAAUACUGCGGGUGAACGACGCCAGUACCGAAGAUUGUGAUUGUUGCUUGGCAGUUCCACUGAUUGCUGCAGCUGGUCCUCGUCUGGAUCUAACUAUAGCCAGACCUGUUUCUCCUCCUAAUAUCAUAAAGACUCUGUAGAAGACGGGUUAAGUUAAUACAGUGACUCGAGCAGUAUAUCAACGUGAAAAGUGGUGGAUGAACAUAUCUCUGGUUCUAUAUUUUUGUACACACCUGUAUUUUAUUUAUAAAAAUAAAUGUAUAGAUUGCUUUCAGCUAGAACAUCUUCUCCUGCACACAGUUCACACACACUAUACGCCUGCAAAACACGCCUUAACCCUCUACGAAUUAUUUCUAGAGAGGUAUAAUUGGUUUAACUAAUACGGAGAGGCACUUGAGAGAUCUACUGGCGGCAAUUAGGGUAUCUAAAUUAAGCUGGACACCCAACAAGGAUCAAUCUAGAUUUCUACAGUUCUUGGAACCUCUCUGUACACGUUUCAUUAAUUAUACCUUUGUAAUAAUAAAGGCUAAAGAAGGUAUUAGCUAGAAAUGAAAAUUCAUUUCACCGGUGGUAUAAGAUUUAAAGAGUAUUUGGGAGGACCUUCAUAAAGGGUUAAAGUGUUUUAUGUUCGCUUAUUUAUAAGAACCUAUGGAGUUGAUGAAAUUGAACCGCGACACCUGAGCUAAUAACUGAAGGAAGGUAUUCAAUUUAAAACCUAAUCAAUACUACGUGAAUGCCGCUCGAUAUCGAGCACAGUACGGCUGAGACCGGUUUUGCUAUCUAUUCAUCAUUGUUUAAUGGGACUACGUAGGAAUGUUAUCGAUCUUAUUACGCUUAGUCCUGACUCGUAACAACCUUAGACGCUAAUUGACCCAGCAAUCAGCCGUGAACA